CGGUUCAAGAUAAAAAUGUCAAUAGCCGGAAUCCUGGAGGCGUCAAUUUCUAGGCGAAUCGGCGAUUUAAACAUUAUGGAAUUACAGGAGUGCCACCAGCCUUCACCUAACACCCUACUGCUGCCAUGAUCUUAUUCAGCUUCCUCCGUCACCUACAAGGAAAGAAUCAACUGGAUUCCGUAAUAGUCUAGCACAUAUAUACGAAUUACGUACAUCUAAACCCAUACGUAGCAAUACAUUAAUCAGCAUUUUCUCUGAUCUGCUAUUUUCUUUUUCCGAAAUGCUCAACUCCGAGAAUUGGUUUCGGAAUGUGAGUCCCCUAUAUCCCGGCGAAGUUCAAUUCUCAACCAGCGCUUCUGCGAAUUCGAUCGGAGUGUUUAAUGGAGGAGGGUUGUUUUUAGAAGAUUCAGUUCCGGCUUCGUUCGUAUCGUUUGUCACCAAGCGGAGCUCUUCAGCGUCAACGUCUAAUACCGUUUCGUUUGCCGCUUGGUGCGAUCGCUUGAGAUUGAUAGGCGUGGAGCUUUGCCAGAAGGGAGGGAGAGAGGUGUUCUUGUCCGUGUCUUUGACGGUGAAUGGAGGGAACGGGGGUGUUGGUGAGGAGUCGAGCGAGGUUUUGGAGCGGGGCAGGGAGAAUGACUUGAAUUGUGAAGUGGAUGUAUUUCGGCAGGCUGAGGAGGAGAAGCCUAGGGUUCGUAGUGGAGGUCAGCGCGCUUUGAACGUUACCAAACAUCUCUGGGCUGGAGCUUUUGCUGCCAUGGUCUCUAGAACCUUUGUUGCACCUUUAGAGAGACUAAAGUUGGAGUACAUGGUCCGUGGUGAGCAGAAGAAGCUUUUUGAUCUCAUUGGGACAAUUGCAGCUAGUCAAGGGAUUAAGGGAUUUUGGAAAGGGAAUUUUGUCAAUAUUUUGAGAACUGCUCCUUUUAAAGCUAUCAACUUCUAUUCCUAUGAAAAAUAUAAAGAUCUGCUGGUCAAAGACUCUGGACAUCGAGAAGCAAAUAACUUUGAGAUGUUUGUUGCUGGGGCAGCUGCUGGAAUAACUGCUACUGUGCUCUGCAUACCUAUGGACACUGUCAGGACAGUAAUGGUAGCACAUGGAGGGGAAUCCAUGGGAGGCAUAAUUGGUGCUUUCCGCUAUAUGAUCCAAACCGAAGGAUUCUUCUCCCUAUACAAAGGGCUACUCCCUUCUAUCAUAAGCAUGGCACCCUCAGGUGCAGUUUUCUAUGGGGUUUAUGAUAUUCUGAAAUCGACUUAUUUGCACUCAGAAGAAGGGAGGAAGCGGCUUCAGAACAUGAAAGAACAUGGCGAAGAACUAAAUGCUAUGGAAAAAAUGCAGAUGGGUCCCAUUAGAACUUUGAUGUAUGGGGCCAUUGCUGGUUGUUGCUCUGAAGCUGCAACAUACCCUUUUGAAGUUGUGAGAAGACAGCUUCAGAUGCAGACCAGUGCUAGUAAGAUGGGUGCAUUGGCAACUUAUGAGAAAAUCUUGAAGCAAGGUGGCGUUCAGGCUCUUUACGCUGGACUAACUCCCAGCUUAUUGCAGGUUUUACCCUCAGCUGCUAUAAGCUUCCUUACGUACGAGUUCAUGAAGAUAGUUCUCAAAGUGCAGUAGUAAGAAGGGAAGUAAACAAACAGGUUUGAGCUUAGUCCUGGAUUGGUAGGCGCAUUACUUACCAAAUGGAAGGUUUUUUGCAGCAUCAUUAGCUUAUAUAGAGUGUAGGGGUGGACUAGCUGGUCCGGUUCUGAUCCUCGGUCAAAAUUAUGUGCAAAUGUAACCAAGACUAAAACGUGCUAUCAGGCCGGUUCCGGUCCGUUCCUGUUUUCUCUUUUUCAUUUUAAUUAUUACAACUAUUAUAUUGCAGUUUUGAAAACAAAAGUAAAAAAAUAUUAUUAUUUUAAAGAUAAAGAUAUUACAAAUGUAAUAAAAGCUAACUUAUGGAAUCAUGUAAACAAAUUAAAUAAAGACAUAAUUAUGCAAGAAAAAAUGGCUUACAC